CCCGAAACCAAUUUAGAAACUCGAAAGCAGUCGCACCUAUGUUGUUUCACCGGUAGAAUAUAUGGUGGCCGCAUCCUGCACGUUUUGAAACAGAAUGCACAUUCUUACAACUGCCUCCCUUUUAGCCGUUGUAAAUUUGUGCGACGUGUCCGCCUUUGGGGUAGAUAUGAUCAUGGAGAUCGUAGGGUGCGCAGCAAGUGUAAGUCAGCUGCUGGUCUAUAUAGCCUUGUCCUCCGGCCGCCUGGAGAAACUAUGCGCUGAACUGAAAGACGGCUACUCAACCUAUCGCGAAGAAGAGUCGAAUAUAAGUAUCCUACUGGGGAUAAUCAAGCGUCUCUCGCGCCAGCAUAUUGCGAACGAAGAUUCCAUCCUUCCUGUGCUGAUAGCGAUCUCUACACUCGCGUGCCAGGCGCUACACCUUCUACGGCCUAACAAGGUCCUUGGUAUCAACUGGACCCCAAUCACGGCCCACGAAAAGAUCAAAUCGGCAUUCCAAUCACUCGAAAAAAAGAGAACGUUGCUCCAUUUAUACAUUUCCCAAAAACAUCACGACGCCCUCGUAGACCUUCGGCAGACGAUCAAGACGUCCAAUAUGUCGUCAUCAAAGACCCCUAUGACUGAAACUUCGGGUACUUCCAUGAAUGGUGCCUCUGACGACUCAGACUCGGACGGACAGAAAAAUGUACCUAUGCCAACUGGAGAGACACAAGGGCGGACUAGGCGUUCCCGGGUAACUAUCUCUUCCAACUACUUCGCAACGAGCUCUACUGACAGUAGCAUAGGUAGUGAUCACGAAUUCCACUAACAGUGGCUUCAAUUCCAUCUUCAAUGGCAAAACAAUUCCUGAAGCGGACUUCAGAAUUGAUGGUUUUACCCAGACUGCGCAAGGCGUAAGUGCUUUGGGAAACGAGAAACAGCCCAGUGAUCGCACUCUUCUUAAAGCACUUCGUAGCCGCGGCCCCGCACAAACAGCCGUAAACGCUGUUCCUCCAACAGCUUAUACCAACACGACAGCCCCAAGACCUGCGAUUACCAAU